GCGCUUUGCACGUGUCGGGUACCUAGUUAUUCUUAAGCCUGACUUACAACACGUCACGUCAUUUAAAUUGUACGCUAAUUACAACAUAUCUAGCAUCAGAUCCUUCCGGAUGACCAUGCUAUAUUAUCAUGGAAAUUUAGCAAAUUCCAAAUGGCACCAAAAGGUUCAAAAAAAGAAGACAAGCAGGCAAGUGACACUAAGCCCUUUGAACCUGCUUCCACGCAUCUCCAUCGCCACAAACGUUUCGCCUCUCGGCCACGUUUCGUGCCCAUCCAUCCUCAUGCAGAGAACUUAGCCUCUGAACCGCCGUCCUCUUCCCCCUUAUAACCUACGCACGCUUGUUUGAACAUCAACCCUGAAGCAGAAGUGAACAAACCCAGACAAAAGGCAAGAAAUGAGCCCGGAGAGAGGCGCGUUCACGAGCAUUCUCAUGCUUCCAUGGCUUGCUCACGGCCACAUCUCCCCAUUCCUCGAGCUCUCCAAGCGGUUUGCCGACAGGAACAUCCACAUCUACUUCUGUUCCACGCCUGUGAACCUCGCCUCUGUCAAGCCAAAGCUCGCGGGCACCAAGUACUUCAGCAAGAUAAAGCUCGUCGAGCUUCAUCUUCCUUCGCUGCCCGAGCUUCCUCCUCGCAACCACACCACCAAGACACUGCCUCCGCACCUCAUGCCAACUCUCAAGAAGGCCUUCGACACGUCGAGCCCCGGGUUUGCCGGCAUCUUGCGGCUGCUCGUCUCGGAUUUGGUCGUUUACGAUUUCCUCCAACCUUGGGCGCCGGCGAUCGGCACGUCGUUGGGCAUCCCAGCAGUCGAGUUCCUGUGCACGAGCGCGACCAUGUGCGCUUUCGUCAACCACGCUAACAUGAAGCCCGGUGUCGAGUUCCCAUACCCGGGGAUCUAUCUUCACGAUCACGAGUUCGAUAAGUUCACCAACUUGCUGGAGUGCUCUGCUAACGGCAUCAAGGAUCGGGAACGAGUGUUCCAGUGCUUUGAACGGUCCUUGGACAUGAUCAUUAUCAAGGGUAUAAGGGAAAUCGAGGGAAAGUAUAUUGACUACCUAUCGUUCUUGCUAGAUAAGAGGGUGGUCCCCGUCGGCCCGCUUGUGGAAGAUACUAUGUUUGAAGAUGGUGAAAAAUCCAAAAUCUUGGACUGGCUGGACAACAGGGAAGAGAAGUCAACCGUCUUCGUGUCGUUCGGGAGCGAGUACUUCCUCUCGAAGCAGGAAAUGACAGAGAUAGCUCAUGGCUUGGAGGCCAGCAAGGUGAACUUCGUCUGGGUCGUGAGGUUUCACGACGGGGAGAGAGACGCAGAGGCGAACAGCAGAUGCCACUUGCCAGAAGGUUUCCUCAAGAGAGUCGCAGGAAGAGGCCUGGUUCUACAAGGGUGGGCGCCGCAAGCAGCGAUACUACAGCACUCGAGCAUUGGUGGGUUCGUGAGCCACUGCGGAUGGAGCUCAGUGAUGGAGAGCAUAAGGUUCGGGGUCCCGAUCAUCGCGAUGCCAAUGCACCUGGACCAGCCCAUGAACGCAAGGGUGGCGGAGGAGGUGGGCGUGGGCACAGAGGUGAAGAGGGACGAGACGGAACAUCCGGAGAGCGGAGGUGGCGAGGAGCAUCAGGAAUGUGAUGGUCGACAAGGCGGGGGAGAGAGUGAGGCAGAGAGCGAGGGAGAUGAGAGGUAUCAUAAGAAGGAAAGGCGAUGAAGAGGUCGA